UCAUUUAAAUCUCUCUCUCUCUCUCAGAAGUUCUAAACUAGGCCGCCUUAUGGGACUCACUAAGGCCAUGACUCGCCGACCGAGCUGAAUCGGUGAAUCGGUUUUUGCAUUUCUCUCCAUUAAUUGAACAUGAAAGAUUAUCACACACGUCCCAUAAUUUUGCAACCUUGAAAAUUUUUGUACGCUUUGUGUUUUCAUUUUUCCUUGUCACAAAUUUUCUGAGGAACAAUCAGAAUCUUCGUGUCUUAAAGAGUUCCUUCAUUAAAUAUUCCUAGAAAUUGUGAUGUGUCUCUGAAUUUAGCACUAAUUUCUUCAGAGGUUGUUCGCAAUCAAAAGGAAACAGUUUGAGCUCAGAAAAUUGAAAACCCAAGAAAAGUUUCUUCAUUAUUUCUCACCCAAAAGUUGAAAACUUAUACUCAACUUAAAUCCAAGACGUGAAUUAUCUCUUUGAGCUCAGAAAUUGAAGACCCAACAAAGAUAACGAGUAGAAGAACAAGAAUAAAAGCUAGCUUUUCAGCUUUAUUUGGCCUUGAAGAAUGGUGGAGCUAGAGAAUUCCUCGCCAAUGGCAGUAUCUACAGCUUCUGGAGAAGAUGGAAUUUCAUCAUCUGGGUGUCAAACUCAAAACCCGCCUAUUCCACCACUGAAGAAAAAGCGAAACCUUCCAGGAAUGCCAGAUCCAGAUGCUGAGGUUAUAGCUUUAUCACCAAAGACUCUAAUGGCAACAAACCGAUUUGUAUGUGAGAUCUGUAACAAAGGGUUUCAGAGAGACCAAAACCUCCAACUUCACCGACGAGGACAUAACUUGCCAUGGAAGCUUCGUCAGAGAACGAGCAAAGAGAUUCGCAAGCGAGUUUAUGUUUGUCCAGAACCUUCUUGUGUGCACCACAACCCAUCGAGAGCGCUUGGUGAUCUUACAGGGAUAAAGAAACACUUUUGUAGAAAACACGGCGAGAAGAAAUGGAAGUGUGAACGGUGUUCGAAGAAGUAUGCAGUACAGAGCGAUUGGAAAGCGCACAUGAAGACUUGUGGAACCAGAGAGUAUAAAUGUGACUGCGGGACUAUGUUUGCUAGGAGGGAUAGCUUUAUAACUCAUAGAGCUUUUUGUGAUGCGUUGGCGGAAGAGAGUGCAAGAGCACGAACCCUAGUGAUUUCUGGCUCAGAAGGAAAUGUUAGUGCUAGUGCUAAUGUGAAUGUGAAUGCUAAUGUGGGUGUGGCUGUGAGUGUGGGUGUGGCUUCGCCGCCACAACCACCUCUUACUCCGUCUACGACUGUGGUGUCACCAGAUUUGUCUAUUCAGAGUUCAGAAUUGCCUGAAAAUCCAAUUGGACUAUCAGUAUCAGCAGCAACAACAGCAUGCUUAACCACCACAGCAGCUACAACAUUAAGCUCAUCAAGUUCAAACACUAGUGUAUUUGCAAGCAUUUUUGCUCCAUCAACAGCUACAACCUCAUUCUCUAAUGUAAUGAGCGCUUUGUCCAGCUCUGAUAGUCCCACUGCUACUAAUACUACUACUCAUCCACAACUUUCCACAUUAGAACCCACCUCUCUUUCUCUCUCAUCAACCUCUCUUUUUCUCUCCAACAAUGGCACUUCCUCUCUUUUCCCACCACAAAAUCAAGACCACCGCCAUUUCAUCCCAGUAUCCCCACUCCCAGCCAUGUCAGCAACAGCAUUGCUUCAGAAAGCAGCUCAGAUGGGUGCAGCUUCAUCAAAUGCCUCGUUGCUUCGCGGGUUUGGCUUGUCAACAUCGUCUUCCUCAGUUCAAGAUGGCACUGGCAAUGCUACACAGUGGAAUGGGCAUGUGAUCAAGACAGAGAGCACAGAUGGGCUUGGGCUUGGACUCCCCUCGGAUAUGAUGAUGGGUCAAUCUUUGCCGUUCGGGUCUCAGCCCAUGACGCGUGAUCUUCUCGGGCUAGGCAUAGGUGGUGGUAAUGGUGGUGGCAGCGGUAAUAGUGGGAACCCUGCUGGGGGUCUUUCAGCUCUGCUCAAUUCCUUUGCUGGUGGUGGCUUUGAUGUUGCAUCAUAUGGAGGAGGUGACCAUAGUUCUCCUAAUGAUACAUGGGAUAGUGCACCCAAGGAUAAAAAUCCAGUGAGUUAGCUGUGUCUUUUACAGCUCCGUUGCCCGAGUACAAAUACCUUUGUCCCAUAUUACAUUUUAUGUUUCAUCAAUUAUAAUUUAUUACGUAUCAAAAUUCAUACAGAUAAUAGAUUGUGAUUGGUGUGAUUGGUGGAAUAUAAAAUAGAACACGGAUAGGGCAUCAGAUUUUUAUUUCCGGGUAUUUUUGAGACAGGCCAGUACAUAUAAUUUGAAGUACUGAACAAUCUUGCUUAGUGAGUUAUUGUUGGUUUUAUAUAUUAGAAUCGUAGUAGAGAGUUAAGUUGUUUUUGUUUUGGGUUUGUGUAGUUUAAUUUAGUUCAAUUAAAUUCUCGGAGAUGUGUAUGGGAGAAGGUUUGUACAGGAACUUGUGUAGUUAUUACUUGAAUGUUGGCAAAGGUUAGCACAAAAUGAAAUGCAAGUCGUAAUAGUAAGUGCUUCAGUUCUA